AUGAGUUUACAAGAACCAUUGCAAGAAAUGCAGGAAAUUAAAGUCCGAUCUCUGCAUAGCUCACCACAGUUUUCCAUCUCAUUGUACGUAGAAACCCUGACUCAGCACCUGGAGUACCUUGGGCUCUGUGGAGAUGACACAGCAGCUGAAGAUCAGAUCCUUGAAAGUCUGAAUGGGAUUCUCCUGGCGAUUACUGAAGAUAAGCAGAGAUCCUUCAGCCUACUCAGAGAGAGUGGGAUCUUCCUAACUUUGGCAAAAAUCCUGAAGGGCAAUCCACGAUGUGCGGUGAAAGCAGCCCAGGUGCUUUCAGAAAUAGCCAAGAAUGAGGAAAUGAAGAAACCAUGUAUUGAAGCAGAUUUGGUCUUAACUUUGAUUCCUUUGUUGGAGAGCACAGAUCAAGAAAUGCUGCUUCAUGCUGGGAGGGCUAUUGGCCGUAUCUGUUAUGAUAACCGUGAUCUUCAGGAAGAGCUGGUGAAGGUAGGAGUAAUCACAUCACUAGUCCGAAUAUUAACCGAUUACGCAGAGAGUGAACCACUUGUCCAUGUUGAUCUAUUGGCCUUAUGCAACCUUGCAGACCUUGAUACAGCCAAGGAAGCUCUAAGCAAGACAAAGGUUGCUGAACAGAUGGUGAAACAACUGAGAAGAGCAGAGAACCAUGAGAAGUUAGAAAUUGUCUUUGAGGUCCUGCAAGCACUUGCAGAAAACGAUGCUCUGAAAGUGCAGUUGGUGGAGGCAGGCGUGCAAGAGGUGCUGUCCGAGAUCCUGCUGAGGCUCCAGGGUAGCUCACAAGCUGAAGAUACAUGCAUUCUGAAGGCUGCAUCAGAUCUCAUUGUCUCUCUGCUUCUUGGAGUCUGCAUGAUUAAUUUCUAUCAUUGUGUUUCUUAUCUCUCUCACCUGCUUGGUUUUGCCUCUUCAGAUGGCAACUGUGUACGAAUGGUACAGCUGGGAGUCAUACAUCAGCUUCUGGAUCUUCUGGAGAAACAUGUGGAGAGUGGGGACAUCUCUGUUCAACACGCUGCACUCAGUGCACUUCGAAACCUUGCUAUACCUGUGGUUAACAAGGUUCAAAUGCUGGAGGAAGGUGUGGCAGAACGGAUUCAGGCACUUCUAAGGUCAGAGACGCCUCCUGUGCAGUUUAAGCUUCUUGGAACACUACGGAUGUUAGCAGAUGGUCAAGCUGAUGCGGCUGAAAUCUUGGGCCAGGACCCCACGCUGCUCAACAGACUCAUGCAGUGGUGCAAUGCUAACGACCACACCGGCAUCUGUGGAGAGGCAAAUCGGCUGCUAGCAUCGAUCCUGCGUCACAACAGAUCCCAAGAAGUGGUCAAAGCCAUCCAGGAGGCACAAGGAGUGAAGCAUCUGGUUUCCAUGACAACAUGUGAACAUGCUGCCAUGCAGAAUGAGGCUCUGAAUGCCUUGGCAAUAGCAUCUGCAAUCGAUUUAGAAACCCUUGAAGAAUCUUUUAAGGAAACACAGCUAGUUCAAAGCUUACACAAACUUCUACAAGAUGAUAAUACAAGUCCUGAGGUGAAAUAUAGCUCAAUGGGUCUUUUGUGCAGUCUUCUUAAUUCAGGUGACCUGAGACAAGAAAUAGAAGAGGACAAGAUUAAAGAAACCCUCGAACAACUCUGCAGUCACAGCAAUGCAAAUGUGGUCAAGGCAGCUGUCACCACAUUACAAGUUUUGAGAGGAGAGACACCCCACUAG